AUGCCGAAUGGUGCGCCGCCGUCAAGUCAACAAUCUCAUUCCCAUAACUUACAAAGCACACCAGGAUCUCAACCCACACAACGAACCGCAGGAACACCUUUAACACCAGGAACUCAAGAUCCCGAAAAACGGAAGCUGAUUCAACAACAACUUGUCUUACUAUUACACGCGCAUAAAUGUCAGCAACGAGAACGAGUGAGUCUUUUUAACCCUACCGAAACUGCCAAUGGACGAACACCAUGUAAUCUCCCGCAUUGUAGUACUAUGAAAGAGGUCUUACAACACAUGACGAUAUGCCAUAAUGGACGGCAAUGCACAUAUGCGCAUUGCGCAUCGUCUAGACAAAUCAUUUCUCACUGGAAAAAUUGCAAUCGUGACGAUUGUCCUGUAUGUAAGCCGCUGAAGAGUAUACAAAACCAACCUUCCACCGCUGGAAGUGAGCUAUGUCAGAGUUUAUACUUAAUACUCCUCGGUCCUGGUUCAGUUGGAGCUCCAGGUUCUGUAGGAGGAAGUAGUAUGGGUCCAGGAGGUCCGCAAUCAUUUGGUUCACCAGCUCCAGCAUCAAAUCCGGGAGCGGCUGCUGCUGCGACUGCAUCUAGUGGUUCUGCACCUCCUAGUGGUUCUGGUCCUGGUGGUCCACCUAGUGGUCCGAUGUCCGCUGAAUGGCAUCAGCAUGUCACUCGUGAUCUUCGUAACCAUCUUGUUGGGAAGUUGGUUAAGGCGAUAUUUCCAUCACCGGAUCCGAAUGCCAUCCAUGAUCAACGAAUUCGUGACCUUAUCAAUUAUGCUCGAAAAGUCGAAAUGGAGAUGUUCGAGUCAGCUAACGAUCGAGAAGAGUAUUAUCAUCUACUUGCGGAGAAGAUUUACAAGAUUCAAAAAGACCUUCAAGACAAGAAGAAUUCGCGACUUCGAGCUGAUGGAGGUGCCAGUGCUGCUGCCGGUGGUAGCGGAGUGGCGCAAGCACCUUCUACUGGGAAUGUACCUAGUGCCAGCUCUCAACAGCAACAGCUUCCUCAUUCGCAGCAACCGUUACACCAACAACAGCAGCCCAGUGUGAGCUGGACAGGAGUUAGUGGUGGCGGUCCAUUGUCGGCACCGGCAUCGGCGGCUGCGGCCGAUCCACGAGCACAGCAGCAGCGAGCGCAAGAGCGACUCCUUGCACAGCAGUCCAACAGUACUCAUGGAUCAGUUUUAUUUUUAGCGACCCCUGGACCAUCAACUGGAGUAUCCGCAUCUGCAUCGAAUUCCUCAACAAAAUCGACAGCAACAGCAAAGGCAUCGGAUUCCACUACAUCUCCAAAAAAAGAGAUUGUCAAGAGAGAACCCACUCCGCCUCCUGGGGAGGACACCAUUUUCGAUGUGACCUUUCUCUUUUUUCUACCUUUUCGGAAACACGAGAGGCAUUAUUUACGACCGGUUUGGGAGAAGAUGGACUGUUCUGAGGAUGCUGUUCCCUUCCGUAUGCCUGUUGAUCCUGAUUUACUUCACAUUCCCGACUAUAACGAUAUUAUAAAGCACCCGAUGGAUCUUUCAACCAUAUGUAUCAAGUUGGACAGUGGGCGGUACAAAAAUCCUUGGGAGUUUUGUGAUGACAUGUGGCUGAUGUUUGAUAACGCUUGGAUGUACAACCGAAAGAAUAGCAAGGUGUAUAAAUACUGUACGAAGUUGAGCGAGAUGUUUGUGACAGAAAUGGAUCAGGUUAUGCAACAAAUGGGUUACUGCUGUUCACGAAAGCUGUCGUUUACACCUCUGGCGUUGUUUUGUUACGGUGCAUCGAUGUGCACGAUAGCCCGAGAUCAACCUUACUGGGUGUACGAGCAGACUUCUUCUCAGUAUGGCGUAACAGUAUCGGAGCGCUACACGUACUGCCUGAAGUGUUUCGAUGCUUUACCACCAGAAGGAAUUUCACUUUCUGAAAACCCAAACGACCAGUCAAAUAUGGCACCUAAGGACAAAUUUGUCCAGAUGAAAAACAACGUGAUUGACUAUGAACCAUUCGAAGUGUGCAAAUAUUGCCACAGAAAAUGGCAUAGAAUAUGUGCACUACACGACAAAAAGGUGUUUCCGGAAGGGUUCAUCUGCGAUACCUGUCGAAAGGAGAAGGGCUACCCGAAACCGGAGAAUCGGUUCAUGGCAAAGAGAUUACCGCAUAACAAAUUAUCGCAGUUCUUGGAAGAUAGGGUGAAUACAUUCCUUAGGAAUGCAUUGCCGAAUAAUCCUGAUCAAUAUGAGGUGAUAAUUCGAACCUUAUGCGUUCAGGACAAAGAAGUGGAAGUGAAGCCAUUGAUGAAAGCGAAGUAUGGCCCGCAGGGUUUUCCGGACCGUUUCUCAUACAGAACAAAGGCUGUAUUUGCGUUCGAGAUUAUAGAUGGGGUUGAAGUAUGCUUUUUCGGACUCCAUGUUCAAGAGUAUGGGAGCAACUGUAAGGAGCCAAACGCAAGGCGUGUCUACAUAGCGUAUUUGGAUUCUGUGCAUUUCUUUCAGCCGAGGGAGCUCAGAACUGAAGUAUAUCAUGAAAUACUACUAGGAUAUCUGGACUACGUUAAACGACUUGGUUACACUAUGGCCCAUAUUUGGGCAUGUCCACCGUCUGAAGGUGAUGAUUAUAUCUUUCACUGCCAUCCUCCUGAGCAAAAGAUCCCAAAACCGAAGAGGUUGCAGGAUUGGUACAAGAAAAUGUUAGAAAAGGGUGUUGCUGAGAAAACGGUUGUCGAAUUCAAGGACAUUUACAAACAAGCGCGUGAUGAUAAUUUGACUACACCUAUGAGUUUACCAUAUUUUGAAGGCGAUUUUUGGCCAAAUGUAAUUGAAGACUGUAUACGUGAGGCUGGAAAUGAGGAGGCUCAGCGCCGUAAAGAAGUUGCUGAAGCAGAUGAAGAAGAUGAUGACAUAUUUCAGUCAGGUGAUAAUGGGAAGAAAAAGAGCUCAAAGAACAAGAAGAAUAACCUGAAGAAGAAUUCGAAAUUGAAUAAAAAGAAACAAGGGAGCUCCACUGGUAACGAGGUGGCCGAUAAGUUGUAUUCCCAGUUUGAAAAGCAUAAAGAGGUGUUCUUCACGAUUCGGCUAGUCACGCAACAAUCUGCUUUGUCACUACCCGACAUUGUCGAUCCUGAUCCACUUAUGGCGUCAGAUAUGAUGGAUGGCAGAGACACGUUCUUGACAAGAGCACGCGAUGAGCACUGGGAGUUUAGCUCAUUGAGGAGAGCCAAAUUCUCAACUCUAGCGUUAUGCCAUGCAUUGCACGAGUCGGAUGUGAAUAAGGAUAUGAGUUAUACGUGCAACAAGUGCAACAGUUCCAAUGCUAAAUGGCAUUGCACGACGUGCGAUGACUUUGAUUUGUGUGAGACGUGUCGUGAAUCCGUCUCUCAUGACCAUCCAAUGGAGCAGAUUAAACCGCUUAUUGGGGCAGAGAGUGGUGAUUCUGGUGGCAACAACCGUUUCGAAAGCAUCCAGCGUUGUAUUCUGUCCUUGGUGCACGCAUGCCAAUGUAGAGACGCAAACUGUCGUCGUGUGUCAUGUCACAAAAUGAAGCGCGUUGUACAACACACGAAGAUGUGCAAGAAGCGGGUGAAUGCUAGUUGUCCAGUGUGCAAGCAACUGAUAGCGUUGUGUUGCUAUCAUGCCAAGCAUUGUUCGAGGGAUUCUUGCUCGGUGCCGUUCUGUAUGAAUAUUCGGCAGAAGCUAGCUGAACAAAAACGCUCGAUUGCUCGACGUGCAGACAUGAUGAUGCGGCGUCGCAUCGACGGUUUACAGGCUGUUGCAGGAGGUGAGAACAUUACUAUUUACACAGUCCUUCACCUAUUAGCCUCGGGGAUGAUGCCGCCUCAACAGCAGCAGCAGCAACAACAACGACAACAACAACAACUGCAUGGUGGGAUGUCUAUGGGACAGAGCAUGGGUAGCGGGAUGGGUGGUGCAGUCAAUGCGUCAAAUAUGUAUAAUCCUAUGCAGCAGCAGCAGCAACAACAACAACAACAACAGCAAAUUCCUAUAAUGGGUGGAAUGCGUCCAGGACAACAUCAACAGCAACCGGCUCCACAACAACAGCAACAACAGAAUGCGCCGGUUGUAACGGAUCCUGCAAUGGCACAAGUAGUGAAUCGAUUCAAGAUGGCGAAGACAGACGAGGAGAAGCAGAUGGUAUUCCAAGAGCUUAAGAAAACACCACAUCUUUUUGCUGCAUUUAUCAAGUCGAAUGGCCCACAACCCGGUUAUUAUGGUGGUCAACCUCCGCAGAGUUCCAUCAGAGGGCCAGGCGGUCAGUUCGUUCCCAUGGGACCAGGCGGAUGGCAACAACAACAAUAUCACCAGCAGCGUCAGCAACAGGGCCAAUCACCUGCAAUUUCAGGGCAGCAAUUUGGUGUUGGUCAGGUGUGUUUCUCAAUUUUUUAG